AUGGCAUUGUUGAGUUUGUUGCUUGCCACUUUAUUUGAUGAUGUCAUGGAAUAUGUCAUUGGUUGUAAAACUUCUUGUGAAGCUUGGAAUUGUUUGCAAGAGAGGUAUGCAUCUGUAUCAAUGGUCAGAGUUAACCAACUCAAGACUAAAUUUCAUACAAUUCAGAAGGGCAGUGAUUCUAUAGACAAGUAUCUGUUGCGAUUGAAGGCAAUUAGAGAUCAAUUAGUGUCUACUGGAGAAAGGGUUACAGACAAUGAUGUAGUUAUUGCUACUCUAUCUGGUUUGCCUCCUGAUUUUGAUGUGGUAAAAACUGUCAUUUUAGCUAGAGAUACACCUAUUAAUUUGAAGGAUUUUCGAGCACAGAUACUUAGUGCUGAAGCUAUUGUUGAGUCCAGAAUUACAUCUCUGACUACAAGUAUGGUUGUAAUGUAUGUUCAAGGGGAUCACUCAGAGAAUUCAUCUGGAAGACAUAAGGGGGGAGAUCAAGGUGAUAAUUACUCACAAUGA